AUGGGCAAGAAGAAGUCAAGUAACAAAGCCGCCGCAAGAAAGCGCUUCCCUGUUCGCGAACUUUCUAGAAAAAAGCAAGAAUUAAAGGAAAUUUUCUUGGCUAAAAAUGCAAGCCUGCAAGUUGCCAAAAAAGAUAUUGAUAACGUUUCAAAGAAGGUAAGUACUGGGUGUUCAUCAAACUCUACAUCUACACUAAUCUUUCAGUUAAUUUAAGACUGCAGUGGAUUUCUUAGUGCAUUAAAGUAUGCUAGAUAUAAGAAAUAAUUAAAAUAUAUAUAUUAAAUGCAUUGGUUCAGCAUAUACUAUAAUAAAAUAUAAUAAAUUCUAUAGUAAUUAGCAAAAAAUGUUCUUCUGCAGAUUAAACGCCAUAAAGAAAAAAUUGUGUUGCUCAGUGUAGAAGAACAGUCCUUGCAAGCAAAAAGGAGGAAACUUGAAGAUAAAAAGACCAAUAAACUACGAGCAAGUCUGAAAAAGAAUUUGACCAUAAGACGAAAAGCACCCUCUAAGUUAGAUCCACAUAACUCAGAGAAACUUCAAUGUUCUCUCUCAGUUCGGUCAAACAGAAGAAGACGAAAAGAAACCUUAGAUGUCUGUCAGAGUAUACAUGGGGAUGCCGAAGGUAAUAAUGGAAGUGCUUUAAUUAAGUUAAGACAUGUAAAUAAGUACUUGCUGUCUGGCAAAUGUAAGCUUCGCUAGAUCAGAGUCCAGUACCUUGAUAGUAUUUUGUAAAUGAAACUGCCCAAGGCCGGACAUUUUCAAAACAUUUGAAACCAGUGAUCUAAAACAUUGUAGCUAGAUUAAGACUGAUGUUUAUAUGAAAGUAGCAUUAAUUACGGCUAUAUGAAAUGAAUUUUUUUUCUUAACCCAUUUACCGGCAGUACGUACUCUACCACUGACGAGUAAAAUCAUCUAGCGUUAAACAGAGUAAAUACUAAAAUAGGGCGCACUGCCUGCUAACGGGUUAAUUGACUGCACAUCCAUGGCGUGCGGUUUGCUAGCUAUUACCCAGGAGUAGAAGCUAGUGAUAAUUUUGUUUAGAAAAACUUGAAGCUGCGACAUUCUAUUUUUAGGAGAAACAUCUGCAGCCCUUGAUGGUAUGUGGGCAACUAUGGUUAAUGACAGUACAUCUGGCCGACUAGAAACAUAUCUGGACAAAUCACCAAAGAUACGUAGUAAGGUUAUCCCAUCCUUAAUGAGCAAACAAGUUAAAGAGUAUCAUUAAGCUAAGAGAGCAAUGACAACAUGUGUCGCAGUUUGAAAAUUCUUUAUGAGGAUGGCCUUCUUGCUAAAACGAAAUAUAAGUCUAUUUGUAGAAAUGUCAAAGCAACAGUUGGUCAAUCAAUAACCAACCCAAAACUUGUUUAUUAUGACAAGUUGAUUGCCUUUAUAAAAUCAGUAGAUGUUCAAAAUGUUCAUGAUUUUGCAUCGGAGUUUAAGAAGGAUACAAGUAAAUUUGAGGAACCAAUUAAUGGGUCCUAUAGGGAUUUCUGCAGUUACAUAAAAGUGUUAGCCGAACUAUAUAUACAAGUAGACCAAGCAUUAGGGUCUGAGUCGUUUUUCCAACAUUUUGGAGCAUUGCCCUAUCACUUUAGAAUUGCUAUUGGAGCGGAUGGCGCUCCAUUCGGCAAAGAUGAUGAAGCCACUGCUUGGCUUGUUUCGUUCUUAAAUGUGGGUAAAGCAUAUUCAAAGUGAAAGGGACAAUUUCCUUUUAUGUGGGGCAAACUGCUCAGAAAUCACCCAAGCAUGAAACAGUACGCAAAGAAAUUGAUGCAAGAUAUCGCACACAUUGAGACACAGUCAUACAUUAUCAGCGGUUUUAAUUGUAAAUUUACAGUUGAACUUGUUCCCUCAGAUAUGAAAUGGCUAUACACAAUGAGCGGAGAGCUCAACAACGCAGCUUACUAUUUUUCCCCUUUUGGAAAUGUAAAUGAUGACAACAAACAGGUCAGAAAUGGAUCCCUAGGGGAUGAUCCGUCAUGUACAUGGCAUCCCUGGAACUAUAACGAAAGGGUUAAGGUUGCUACGGAAGUUGCAAAUAAGAGGGAGGAACUAUGCAGGUCCAAUAAUUCCAAUGCCACUAAGAGAAAUAAGCUUCUCAAUUUCAUUAGGGAGCAGGGGUCUAGACAGGAAUAUUAACCAUUUCUGGGAAAAUUAGUAGAUUGUGGGUUUGCAGAGCCAUUGCAUAAUAGUAACAAUGCUUGGGCCUAUCUUCAUCAACUAAUGCUUGAAACAGCUUUGGCUAAAUCUUGCAUUACAGGAAGCUGCAAACAGAUCGAAGACCUACCCUCGGAUAGUCCCUUUUCCCUUUACAUCACAGCUUUGAAAAACCAAAUGCGUGUUGGUCGGCUGGUUAAAAGAAUAUGAACCUGGUUCAAUGAGGGCCGGAAAGGUCCUCUUAGUUAUAGGUUUACAGGAAAAGAAACCAGAAUAUUUUGUCACAAAUUCAUGUUUGUGCUGCAUGCAUUGAGUCAAGCAACUGACCCACCUAAGACUAAGUUGAAGAUUGCAUCCAUAGCUUUCUGUUGCUUACAGUUAAGAGAUGCAAUAUCAUAUUUCUCUAGUGUAGAUAUUACCCUUGCUGAGUUAGAACAGUGCAAGAAAGUUUGUUUAUACCCUUUUAAUGCCAAUGCUCUGUUGUUAAAAUUAGUCACACCAACACUGUGGACUGUUGGUUAUGCUAUACCAAGACACGUAGACAUCGCCAGAAAUUCGCGUCAUGCAUAAGUGCGCAUGCGCAGUCUAAAAAAAACAUGGCGUCCAAACAUGACUAUAAAUUACUAUAUGAACUUCACAAAAAGCUAAACAGAAGUUUACCAUGAUAAGAAUUCAAAUUUGCGCAACUCUUUUGGAGCUGUACGCCAUCAAAUGAUGACUUCAAGACAUAUUUGAGGUUUAACUGAGCAAAGCAUAUGUUUCCGACCAAAAUGUGUACUUUACUGUCAUACUUGCUUGAUAAUUCCUAUUAAAUUCGUCGAAUUCACGGUAUUCAUAGCACACUAGCAGGUAACUCGGGAUCGUUAGUCAAUUUGCACAACAAGAACAUUGAAGUUGAACUUUGGAACAACACCAUGAUCCAUUUUUCUACCAAAUUGUGUGCUGUUGGAUGUUUCCAUUUAACGCAUAAAAAACGAUGUUUUGCACAAUACAACAGGAAAACAUCAAUACUUUGCUUUCGGCACAAAAACAUUGGACGCUCUGUCUUUGAUGACAAAAAUUUUUGCUUUAAAAUUCAUAUUACUCGCAUCCCAAGGUAUCAAAUUGAAGCUCGAAGAAAACGCUUUCUGUCGAGUUGUAAAAUUUGAAGCUGCGCUAUUUCUGCUCAGCGUCCUAUGCAUUUGUAUUUUACUUUCUGUUAAUUUGUUUAUUUCCGGUGCACUUUAGAGCGAUCGUGCUCGAAAUUCGAACAAUAUAUCAUAUGUGGUUAUGGCCAAUGUAUUGGAAAAAUAUUCUAAAACAAAAUUUAAAAAAGAUAUAGUUGUUGAUACUGAGCAUUACUCGCCCUAUAUUCGAAAAUUAGGCGAUGAAGCUAAAGGAUAUUCCCUUCACAAUUCAGCUGCCUUGGAAACCACUAAACUCUUGGUAUCAAACCAAGCAAAGCGAACUAAUCGAAUAUUCAUAUGUGCAAAUUUUAAGUGCAUUUCUAUGUAAACGAUAUCCUACGAAGAUUCAAGAAAACUGUCCCAGAAUCGAGGAGAAUUUGCGGAAAAGUUGCUCUCGGGCGGCACAGAAAAUCGUCAGGACAAGGGGGAGAAAACAGGAAGAUCUGCUCGGAAAAGUUACAAGUUUUGCUGUGCAACAGAACGAACUUGUAACAGCUCAAACG